AUGUUUGCAGAAAAUUUGAUAGUUAACCGAGGAGAGCUUCGGAGACUUUCGGAAACCUUUAAAGGUAAUUCUAAUCAAGUUGAAACUAAUUUGGCCAACAGUUUGCGUAAUUCAAUCAUUAGUAAAACUGCUGGGGGUUUAAAUGAAAGCGCUGAUACUAAAAAUUUAAAUCAGAUAGCAGACUCAAGGGAGUUUGGUGGGUUUCAGCAAGCAAUUUCCUUACAAUCAACUUCAAAUUCCGAUAUGAUUUUACCUUCAAGCACGAAAAUUCAAUCUAGAGCAUCUAGUUCAACAAGUGACAAUACAGCGGUUAUUGAUAAGGCUACUACUCGAGAAACUCAGGAUAUCAUUCCGACUGAGAGUAGUUCAGAACAUAAUUUUGGUAUCUCUUUGGACGACUUUAAGAUUGAUGAUUUGAUUGAUAUUGUUCCAAAUGAUGUUGCCCUUAUAAAUAUGCUAGGUACUAAUGGUCAGGAUUUCUGGAAGCUGAGUCAAAAGCAUAUAUCGGAGCCGAAUCUGUAUUUAUUUAGGACCUCCUGGAGAAGUUCAUCUGCUUUGGAGUGUUUGCAGAUACUCGAAAGAUUUGAUCCCAUAAUCGGUAAUAUGGAAAAAGAUACGCUCGCCACGUCGAACUCUAAUCUUUUGGAUUUGUCUGGACUCUCUGUCAAUACCAUUUUGUUCAAUGCCAGUGUGUUUUUGACAACUUUUUAUUCCUCUGCAGGUAUGCCACAGGUAGAAAAAUGCUGGGAUAAGUAUGUAAGGAUCCCAAUGCUUCGAAAGAUCAUAACCGAGCUCAAAACUGCACUUGCCAAAAGAUGUUCUUUUUCCGAACUUGUAACGUUAGCCUUCUCUGUGGCCAUUCUAUUUUCCGUUAAUAGCUGUGAUCCAAAUGGUACAUGGAGAAGCAAUCUCAGAAAUUGUUAUACUUUGAUGAGAAAGGCUAUCCCUUUGGUUGAAACUGUGGAUCUUAACAACGACACCGAUAAAGCAGCAUUGGAUUUCUUUCAUGUUUUGAGAGAAUGGUUUUUUAACGUGGAAUUUUUGGCCAUGAUAAGCUCUGACAACGGAGGAGAAAUCACAAAACCAACACCUUUAGAAGUGCUUUUCGCUCCAACGUCGCGAAGUGAAUAUGUAACGUUAAAGAAUGGCAUCAACGUUGUUAGAGGGUAUUCUAUGAGCUUUAACAGGAUUCUUCAGGGUCUAUACGACUUUAUAAACCACGAAAAGUCACUGGGGAUUAACUUAAGUGGAACUAACAUUCUUGGGCUCAUCUAUUUGGACAAUUAUUCCGUUUCUGUUGAAAGGGCCAGAGCAUUUGGUUAUAAACUAUUACGGCAGAUUGAUAAAUUUCAUGUUGAAUAUAGAAGUUUAGGAUUAAAGGACAUUGAGAUGGAGAUAACAUUAAAAAUGACUGAUAUUACGUUCAGGAAAGGGACGGAAUUGUAUGUCAUAUUCUUUUUAAUAGGGGAACAAUCACCAGAUGAAACGAAAGUGAAGCUUAUUGCUUUGCUUGAAAGUAUAUUUGCCGCUCCGUAUUAUGACACCUGUGGAGUCACUUUGCACUGGGUAGUGUAUGUUGGAGGAUUAAUCUCUUUGGUCAUCAAUAAUAUAAAGCUCUAUCAGGGCUUUGCAAGCAUUCUCAGGAAGAUUGCUUCCAGAGGUAUGUAUGUUGGGGAGAAAUCGCUAGAGCGUCUAGAGCAUAUUAGAAAUAAGAUAGCAGAAGGCAAAUACACCGAGCUGAGUGAUCCACACCAAGAUUAUAUACUAUUCUGA